UAAUACAGUAAUAAUGGUGUUCACUUAAUGUUAAACUUUGGGUUAUCAUAUGGUGCAUGAGAGGUAAUCAGGUUUGAUCUGAGGAAAGGAAGAGUUGCUCCAUAUUCUUGUAUCAAGAGUCCUUUACCAGCACCAUGACAAGAGGAAAGUGCCUCUACCCCCAACAAGUGUAAGAUCAAUCACUGAUGGAUGUGUGAGCCAGUAGGCCGCUGUCAGCAACAGUGUGUGGGCCAGCUGGCCACUGUCAGCAACAGUGUGUGAGCCAGCAGGCUGCUGUCAGCAAGUGUGUGGGCCAGCAGGCCACUGUCAGCAACAGUGUGUGGGCCAGCAGGCCACUGUCAGCAACAGUGUGUGGGCCAGCAGGCCGCUGUCAGCAACAGUGUGUGGGCCAGCAGGCUGCUGUCAGCAACAGUGUGUGGGCCAGCAGGCCGCUGUCAGCAACAGUGUGUGGGCCAGCAGGCCGCUGUCAGCAACAGUGUGUGGGCCAGCAGGUCGCUGUCAGCAACAGUGUGUGGGCCAGCAGGCCGCUGUCAGCAACAGUGUGUGGGCCAACAGGCUGCUGUCAGCAACAGUGUGUGGGCCAGCAGGCCGCUGUCAGCAACAGUGGGUUAAACAGUUACCAAAGAAAACAAGAUUAAUUCAUCAGAUGCUUGAGUUCUGCAGGAAAGGAUGGAUUGAUGUUAAUACCUGCUGACAGCCACCUUGCUCUUCCUAUAAAAUUGUUUCUCUGUCGGUGACCAUCUCUGAAUCUCACUCUAGGUAGAGAUUAACACCUGUGUUGACGGAUACUAGUAGUACCUUCCCUAUCCCCCCCCCCAAAAAAAAAUAAUGCUUUCCUGCAGGUGACUAUCCUUCUGAUUUUCACCCUUGCUAGAGAGUAACACCCAUCUUGACAGAUACUAAUAGCACAUCCCUCUACACUGAUUCCGUGCUGGUGACUAUCCCUCUGAACCUCACCCUUGCUAGAGAUUAACACCCUUUUUGAUGGAGACUAACAGAUAAAACCUCACCUAUACCCCUCCCCCCACCCCCCCAAAAAAAUGCUUCAUUACAGAUGACUAUCCCUCUGAAUUUCACCCCUACUAGAGAUUAACACCCAUCUUAACGUAUAUUAAUAGUACCUCCCUCCCUCAUCCUGCUGGUGAAUAAUAUCCUCUGCCCCCCCCCCCCCGUAGCUCGUCCACUAGCAGAUGGGUACAACAACUGGAGCCACACAGGAAUUGGUAGCAGCGGUGCUGAGAGGUCAACUAGAGGAUGCCAAGAAGGCUGUCAGGGCUGGUGGUGACCCAUGUGUUGUAGUGCCAGAUGAUGUCACUGGCUGUGAAGGUGGCACCCUGGUGGGAAUGGCUGUGGCUAGAGGGCAUGCCCACCUAAUACCCUUUCUGGUGGAGAGUGGGGCAUCUGUGAAUGGGGGAGGGUGGAAAGAAGGAACACCCCUGCACCUGGCAGCUGAGUUGGACCAAGAGGAAGCACUGAGAAUGCUGCUGCUUCAUGGUGCAGACACAGAGGUCACCACCACUGAUGAGUUCAGGCAGACACCACUGCAUAAGGCAGCUUGGACAGGAGCCACUGAGUGUGUGAGGGCACUUCUGGAAGCUGGUGCUAAUAUAAAUGCUAAGACCCACAACCUUUACACCCCACUCCACAAGGCUGCCCGAAAGAACCAAGUUGAUGUUAUUUCUAUUCUCAUCGAAGGUGGAUGCAAGCGGGAAGCACAAACUGCUGCUGGCUGGACUGCCCUUCAUGUGGCUGGUCUAGGGGGAUGUGUGGAGGCAGCACAAAUGCUCCUCAUCCACCACCUUGACCCCAGGGCCAGGGAUAACAAGGGACGCACUCCAGCUAUGGUGGCAGAUAUUUGGGGUCGGAGUGACACACAUUGGUUCUUCAGCAAGCUGCCAGAUGCUAUUGAUACCCGUCUAAUGCCUGCUACUGGUGAUUGCAGGGACGACAGUCUGGUCAUUUAUGAAGACAAUGAGAAAGCUGUACUUCGCUGGGCAGCAAAGGGAAAGUGGUGGAAACUCAAGGAGAGGAUUCCUAACAUCCGUGAUGGCCACUAUCAAGACCAUCGCGGCUACACGGCUCUACAUGUUGCAGCCCAGCUAGGUGAUGAGAGUACUGUGAAGGUCCUCUUGGAUGACUGUUGCUCAGUGUACCCAGGAGCUCUCACUUACGAUGGUCUUACUCCUGCAGAACUGGCACAGUUAGGAGGUUUUCCACAUGUGGCAAACAUUAUCCAAAAUGCUCUAAAGCAUCCAAUGCCAAGUGAGGAAGAAGAACGAUACCUAUAUGGCCGCUUGCUGGAGGUUAUUUGUCUUGGUGAUGAUGUGAAGGAAGCAUGCCAGCUCCUGCUGAAGGGCUCUCCUCUAGAGGCUAUGGCAGAGUAUCCUACACAUGCCCUGGUUCUGGCUGUCACUAGCAAUAGGCCCAGGAUCCUGACCCUUCUGCUGGCUGCAGGAGCUUCCCUCACUCCUGUUGUGUCUGGACUCAACCUUCUUCAAUUAGCUUGGCUCUCACCAGAUGUGACCACUUAUGUAAAGAUGCUGGUAACAAGGGCUGUGGAGCACAUACUGGAAGAGGAGGCAAGCCGUGUGUGCAAGAGCUGUGAGGAUCUGUUUGAAGGCAUUAGAAGAGUGUUGGCAAUGGUGAAGGGACCCAGGCCAUGGCUAGCUACCUGGUCCUCCCCGAACCCUCUGCUGUCACACCAGGAGUCAAACAUUCCACCUUGUCCUCAGCUGAUGGUAGAAGCAGCUAAGGAAGACUGCAGGCUGACCACAGUAUUCCUAGAACAGGCUGGUGCAUUGGCCUUCAUAGUGGACAGGUUUUCAGGCCUCACUCCCCUCACUGCUGCCCUCCGUUCCUCCCACUGGCACUUGGCAGCACACCUGGCCAAGUCCUCUGGUAGUCUAUACAUUCCAAAUACUGCUGAUAAUAUCCUGCCUAGAGAUCUCUUUCCCCAGAGUAAGAGAGGAAAACUGGAGAAGAUGAUGUUUGAUCAAGAAAGGAGGCUCUUGACCCACCAGAGAGAGAAAGCUAAAGACAGGGAGGAUAAGGAUGUAAUUUCAAAUGUUCUACAUUUGCAGAGGAAGCUCUUCAAAAUUUACUGCAGGUCACAAAAUUCAGGGCAACAGGAAUCAAUUAGCAUAGCAGAAUCUUACAUUUUGCAGUCACUGCUACUGGUGUCACAGAUGGGCCUGGUGCAAAUGGCCUUCUUGCUGGUGAAAAUAGGUGAGGUUGAUAUGAAUGUGAUAGUGGACCCUCUUACAGGCACCACCCCAUUGCACCAGGCUGCUGCCUUUGGACACACACCUCUCAUUGCAUUUUUCCUGAGUAUAAUGGACUCAAAUCACAUCAGUCCUGAUAAUUAUGGUCACUUACCAACCCACCUAGCUGCUAUGUUUGGUCAUGUCCAGGCCUUUAAAUAUUUGUCCUUCCAUCUUGAUGAAUGUACCUGCAAGGCAGGCUAUACACCCACUGAAGUGAGAACUAAUUUUCUUGAAUAUUUACAGCUAUACCAGAAGAUUAGUGAAAGUGCUUCAAUAGACAAAGAACCCUGGCAUGGUAACAAUUGCACUGAAGCUAUAAAACACCACUUUUAUUCUUUGAAUCUGACUGAUAUUUUACAACAGAGCAAGGAAGUAAACUUCACCUGUGGUGAGGCAGCAGAAGUGCGGUCAGCUGUCAUGAAAGAGUUAAACAUUGUCAUGCGGAAAGUAUCUGGCACAAAUCCACUAUUCCAAGGGAAACUUGAACUUCUGGGGAGCUCUGCAGAUGGUACUCGUCUGUAUGGGCCUGAUGAGUAUGAUGUAAAUUAUGUCAUCCAAGAUCUGCCAGCUAUGAAAGUGAAAGUGGUAAAGCUAACUGGUAAAAGUGCUCUGCAGCGAGGUCAUAGCUUAAGCGUCAGAAUUAAAACAAAAAAUAAAGGUUUCAAGUAUUUGUUAAAGAAGUCUAACUGGAAGAAUACAUUCUUUGAAGCAGUAUUGAGGGGUCUUGAGCAUCACCAUCUACAGGACCAUGGCCUGAGUUUUGUACCACCUGGUGUUACACGGACCAAGGUGGGUGUGAGUCUGAGUCUGGCUUGGCAAGGGAAGCAGUACCCACUGCUCCAUGUUGGUAUUGACCUGGUCCCUGUAAUGAAAGUACAAUGGCCUGAGGGGGUAGACAGACCUUUUCUUACCCCUUAUGGAGCAGAUCAAGUAUACCUGACAAGUACUGGG